GUUGUGUACACAGAAAAUGUCAAAAUUCGUAUUCGUAAUCGCGAUCCUGUCGCUAGUGAAAUGUGGACAGUCCCAAAUUGCUUUUACCAACCAGCCCUGCUCGGUUCGGAAUCCCAAAAUAGUGGGUGGCAGCGAGGCGGAGCGCAACGAAAUGCCCUAUAUGGUUAGUUUAAUGCGUCGCGGUGGUCACUUCUGUGGCGGCACGAUUAUCUCCGAGCGAUGGAUCCUCACGGCGGGACAUUGCAUCUGCAAUGGCCUGCAGCAGUUUAUGAAACCCGCUCAAAUCCAAGGAGCUGUGGGUCUGCACAGCAUCAGAGAGUAUCUCAACGGGAUUGGCAACGGUCCGGAUGCACUGAGGGUGGACUUCAAGAACAUUGUGCCCCAUCCGCAGUACGACUGCAAUGAUGUAAAGCAUGAUAUAGCCCUGAUGGAAAUGGUCCAGCCGAUCCGAUUCACCGCCCACAUCCAGCCCAGCUGCGUGGGAUGAGAAGGACACCGAAGUUUGGAGCAGGAGUACGGGACCGUUUCCGGUUGGGGCUGGACGCACGAGAACCAAGCGGAGAACGACCGAUCGGACGUCCUGCGCAAAGCCACCGUUAAGAUCUGGAACAACGAGGUGUGCGAGAGGUCCUACAGGUCCCUGGGAAAAAGUAACACUAUUGGAGAGACGCAAUUGUGCGCGGGCUAUGAAAACGGUCAAAUUGAUUCGUGUUGGGCGGACUCCGGCGGCCCACUGAUGUCCAAGGAGCAUCACCUGGUGGGCGUAGUGUCCACUGGAAUAGGCUGCGCUCGUCCUGGUUUGCCCGGAAUCUAUACGCGCGUCAGUAAAUACGUGUCUUGGAUGCAGAAUGUGAUAGGAGGCAGGAAAUAA